UGCUGCUGGCUGUAAAUGCCCCUUUUGUUUUGCGCUCUUUUUGCGCCGUUCCUCGUCUUUCGUGCUGACACGAAUCAUCAGCAAGCGGAGCCAAAUAGCCAAGCAAUCCACAGCUACCAAUUUCUAAGCCGAGAUCGAGUCAGUUGGCUUUUGGCUGUAGAAGAGCGUGGAAGCAGGCCCAGAACCGAAACAGAAACAGAAACUUGAAAAAAUAAUAACGAGGAAAAACCAGCUGCGAUCGCAUGGGGAGAAGGGGAAUUUAUGUGGAACUCGGCGGGGCCAGAACUGAAAGCUCAGCAAAGAAGCACCACCAAAGUGGCUAUAAGCAGGGCGAGAAAAAUGUGCCCAGAACUGACCGUGGAAACGUGAUACCCGCUUAGGAUUGGGCCAAGACCGCAUGCUCCUCCUGAGGCCAGCUGCCACGUUAAAAAAUAGAAAGUGAUUUUUGUGCUGCUGCCGCUGCUGCUGCUGCCGCUGCUGCUGCUGCCAAAGAUGAAACAAACCGCCGACACUGCCGCAGAAUGAGCGAAUCGGAACCCAAUAGCCUGGAUUUUAUUGAGGACUCUUACCUGCCAGGCAUCGAUGAUCUCACCAGCACACCUUCGCUGGAUCUGGAAGCGCAUGAUGCCACCAUAGAUUGGUACGACGAUGGGCAGGAGGAGAGUGAAGCCGAGCUGUAUCUGCGUAAUCUGACUCUGGAUCAGAUCUUCUACGAUGUGGAUUCGGACUACACCAACAGUCUGGAGCUGCAGGCAGUGGAGGCCGAGUUCAUUGGCGCCAAGUUGGCCAACCAGGCACCCAGUUCCUCGAUGGCCAAACGCUUCCGCCUGAAGUUCUUUGCCAAGCGAACCAUGCGCGACGUUAAGGUCACGUUCAUAGACUUCUCCAAACCGUAUCUGGCCAAGAUAUCGAAUAGUGAUAACUACAAGAGAUUUCUCAACAUUGGGCAUAGAAGUAGAGAUAAUACAGCCAACCUUUCGGAUCCAGCAUCUCCAGCAGCUUCUGUGGCAUCCGCAGAAAUUGCCGCCGAGUUUGCUGCGCUUUCCGUGGAGGAGAAGGAACAGCGUCGGGCAGAGUGGAGUCAGGAGCUAGCCCGCGUUGAGGAGGAGAUCAAUACGCUGCGCACCGUUCUCGCCUCGAAGACGCGUCACGCCUCCGAUCUCAAGCGCAAACUGGGCAUAACCGUCUGGAAGGAGGUGACGGAUGAUAUGAACCAGGGCAUUAAGAACCUCAAAGAGACCACUGUUUACCAAUCGGUGGAGCAGAGCGUGGGCACGUUUACUAAAGCCGUGCACGAGGCACCCCUAUACCAACGCACGGAGUCUGUGCUGAAGUCGACGGGCGAGAAGACCGCCUCGGUGUUUGGCAGCAUCACCAGUGGCAUUUCGUCGAAAUUGUCGCAAAUGAAAAACUCCGAGUCGAUGCGUUCUAUCGAGGCUUCGGUGGGCUCUGCCUACGAGAACGUUAAAGUAAGCUAUGAACACAACAAUUUUAUGUGCCAAUCUCAUGCGACCAAGGUGACAUCCCGGUCGGGCUCGGUUUCCAGUUUCCCAGACGCCAUGGACGAGCACAACACAUCCUCGGGCCUGAACUCACCCACAGACUCACUCACUAAAUAGAUUUCGGGCCAAGACCGAAGCUACAGCUACUAAGCGCGUCGAUAGCGUGGAGCAAACCUAUGAUACACAAACAACAGACCCACGCACCCCACUCUAAUAACUUAUUUAAACUAAUGCGAUUUGUCGUGUCUGCGCACUAACAACUGGAUCAGAACUUAACUACAGAUCAUGUGUAAUUGUGUAGUCGUUACGGUAUAUAUAAUAACUUGAAUUAACUAAAAUCUGUGCGUCAUAUUUGGCCAAAGGGAGUGCACAUUAUUUGCAUCUAUUUGUAUUUGCGUGUGAGACACCAUCGAA